AUGGUGGAAGGGGUCGAGGGGAGCAAUGUUUCAACCCAGGACCAGCGGAGACACCACGCGCUUCGCGAUCCGAUCCAACACAAUACAGGCAGCGCUUAUGCAACUGAUGGGCUUCAUAGCCAGCACCGUACCUACCGCUUUGCAUGGAUAUGUGCAUCAUACUUUGAAAUGACAGCGGCUCGUGCCAUGCUGGACGAGGUUCACGAGCCUCUGGCUAUUCAACCACCCGAGGAUACCAACAACUACCUCCUUGGAAGCAUUUGUCAACAUAAUGUCGUGAUUGCUUGCCUACCCAAUGGACAGUACGGGACCAAUGAUGCGGCAAAUGUGGUGGCGAAUCUUCAGCGAACCUUCCCUUCCAUCGAGUUUGGAUUAAUGGUAGGGAUUGGGGGUGGAAUCCCGGAUAAUGAGGAUAUCCGCCUCGGCGAUAUCGUGGUUGGGACAAAAAUCGUACAGCAUGAUCUGGGCAAGACGCUAGAUGAAGGAAAAAUCCAUCGGACAGGUCAACCAGUCCUUCCCUCCCGUGCUCUUAACACUACCAUCUCCGCCCUACGGUCCAAACAUGAGCUGCAGCCAAGUCGGAUCUCCUCUAUUCUAGAGGAGAGAAUAGGGAAAUAUUACGACUACUGUCGCCCGAAAGCGCCAGAUCGCCUAUUCCAAAGAGAAUAUAAACACGUACCGGGAGUAUUCGACUUGCCAUGCGGCGGUUGUGAUCUCUCCAACGUACUCCCACGAAGGUCGCGGCCUUCAGAUGUCCCCAGCAUUCACUAUGGAGGUAUUGCAUCAGGUAACCAGGUCUUGAGGGAUGCCACUACCCGUGGCAUGAUCGGAACAGAGCUAGAUGUGCUAUGUUUUGAGAUGGAGGCUGCUGGUUUUAUGCAUGUUCUUGAUUGUCUAUGCAUCCGAGGUAUCAGCGACUAUUCAGAUAGCCACAAGAGCAAGGCAUGGCAAAGGUAUGCCGCUGCCACGGCUGCGGCAUAUGCGAGGGAGUUACUGGAAAACUUUCCGCGGUCCUCCCCAGUGUAUCAACUAUCCAUCACUGGAAUCCAAUAUUCUGGUAGAUUCAAGACAGCUUCCGAUAUUCUCGACCGGGACUCAAUGGUGGAAGUCCUCAAAUAUCCAGAGAUGAACAGUCGGCAGGAUAUUAUUGAGGCCGCCGAGGGGCAUACUUGCCGUUGGUUUCUCGCCAACUCCCAUUACCAGGCUUGGCUAGAUCCCGAACAACUGAAGAUCUCGCAUGGAAUUCUAUGGAUUACUGGGAAGCCCGGGGCUGGCAAAUCUGUGAUGAUGAAGUUCCUUUCCACAGAAAUGCAGGAUCAAGGCCAACAAACCCAUGAGGUCAUCAUCUCCUUCUUCUUUAAUGCUCGGGGCAGCAUCUUGCAGAAGUCAGUUGCUGGCAUGUACCGAUCAUUGCUUUACCAACUCUUCGAAGCUUACUGGGACCUUCCAGAUAUUUUGGAUCGUCCUGAAUUCAGAUCUAAAACCGUGGACACGCACCUCGCGUUAGAUAAUCUCAAGGCGUUAUUUAAGGCCGCGGUUCUAAAGCUUGGUAGGCGUCACCUUACCUGCUUUAUCGAUGCUCUCGAUGAGUGCGAUGAACAGCAAGCGAUAGAAGUGAUUUAUUUUUUUGAGGAUCUCACAAGAAUAUCAACUAACAACGAUAUUCCGCUUCGCAUAUGCUUUUCAAGUCGCCCAUACCCACAUAUGCUGAUAUCAACCAGCAUCCUGUUGACGUUAGAGGAUCAACCAGGCCAUGCUGCAGAUAUGAAAAGCUACAUCUCGAAAAAUUUACGUAUCGAAGACCCGAAGCUUGCGAAGGAGUUGAAGCUGAGAAUUAUACAAAAGGCUUCUGGGGUCUUCAUGUGGGUAGUGGUGGUAAUUCCAAUUCUUAAUGACGAUGAUCGAUGGGGUCGCCCGACUAUAAAACAACAACUUGAAGAGCUUCCAGAUACUUUGAGCAAUCUUUUCAGAGAUAUUAUUACGCGAGAUAAGAAUAACCCGAAUGACCUCCUCUUCUCUGUCCUCUGGGUUCUCUGCGCAAAGUGGCCGCUGACACCAGAAGAGUACUACCACGCCCUGUGGUGUGGACUAAACCUGAGAGGUCACGCAGAUUCAGAGAUUCCAGACCUUUCUGAUACAUUUGUCCAGAAAAAAAUCAACAGAUAUAUUGUUACUUCCUCGAAAGGUCUUGUCGAAGUCACAAAGUCCAGUGUUCCAACUGUACAAUUCAUUCAUGAGACUGUUCGAGAUUUUCUACUGAAAGAAAAUGGACUGGAAUAUGUAUUACCGCAUGCUGGACCUGACCGCACCAAACAUAUACCACAACGUUCCUUUCUUGCAGAGCUCAAUCUCCCAAUUCUAGUCCAAGGUCUCCAAGUAUUCCAAGAGCCGCCCCAAUACACUUCAGCAGUGAGCUUAACAUAUAUACUUGCAAGAGAAGGACUCUCUACACUCAUUCGCACCUGGCUAGAAAUCUGGCCAAAUAUUCACAUAUAUGGAGAGAAAUACAGACAUCCAUUGUUCGCUGCCGUGAAUCAAAGCCAUGACACGACAGCAGCUCUCCUAGGUGUCGCACCAGGAAGCCCCGACUACCAAUUAGUCAAACGAAUGGAUGCGGCUGACUUUGAUGCCACCCCGCUUUGUUUGGCUUGUCGGGUUGGAGACGAGGACAUGGCCAGGCUACUCCUCAACUCAGGGGAUAAUCUCAAUCACGUCAACGAACAAGGCCAUAGCCUACUCUGGGUGGCCUUGAAAGGAGGGCAUGACAGUCUUUCAGCAUUGUUGAUUAAGAGAGGGGCGGAUAUCAAUGGCAGGUUUCAUUUAACCAACAUGUACCUCGGAUUGGCAUCGAGUAAAGGCUAUUAUGCAACAGCCAAAUGUCUUCUUGAGCGUGGAGCAGAAGUCGAUUCCGCCGCUUGGUCUUGGCAGACACCACUGCUCGAGGCCUCUCGGAAUGGCCACCAAGCCAUUGUACGGCUUCUGAUUGAAGCAGGGGCCGAUUUAACUCGUACCGGUCGAAAAGGCAGGACAGCACUGGCGAUGGCUUCUGGCAGAGCCUAUCCAAACCUCGUGAAGCUCUUGAUUGAACAUGGGAGUGAUGUCAAUGCCAAAGAUGAGCAAGGUUCUACGCCACUUGCAUUGGCCUUAGGGGCCAGUCAGUGGCGAGUAGCCAAAAUUCUUCUCAAAAAUGGGGCAGAUUUCAAGUCGUCCGAUCUCAAGGGUUAUUCGUUGCGGCUGAGAAUUUCACGUGGAAGACAUGGGAGACGUCGUGGAGCGCCUUAUCCAGCAUGGAGUUGA